AAAGGCGGGAAAUGGCGGAGGCGCGCGCGGGAGCCUGCCCAAGCCUCGGACGGAGGGGGUCGACGGCAGUGGACGGGGGGCGCAGAUGAGGAAACUGAGUCAGACUUCCAUCCGGGCACAUCCUUCGAGACAGUUGGCAGGUGUCUGAGGCUUGAGGUGCAGCGCCACGUAGGAAUCCUCUGAAGAAACUGAUUUUUCUUAACACUGAGACCUUCUCCCCCAGCCGUAUAUACACCUCUAUCAAACUGAUUGUAUAUAUAUGCAGACCUCAGCAGUGUGAGGAUGUUGGGAGUCUGGGGAAUGGAGCAGAAACAUCAGGAAGCUCUGAAGAAGAACCGGGUCGUGCUAGCCAAGCAGCUAUUGCUUAGUGAACUCUUAGAGCACCUCCUAGAGAAAGACAUCAUCACACUGGAGAUGAGGGAGCUCAUCCAGACCAAAGUAGGCAGUUUCAGCCAGAAUGUGGAAUUCCUUAAUUUGCUGCCCAAGAGGGGUCCCCAUGCCUUUGGAGCUUUCUGUGAGGCCUUACGGGAAACCAAGCAAGGGCACCUGGAGGAGCUGCUGCGCAGAACCCUCUGCAGCUUUCAGCAUAUACUGCCACCGUUGGGCUGUGAUGAUGACUCAAGUCUCCCUCUCCCAGUAUGUGAAUCCUGUCCUCCUCGAAAGCAACUCCGCCUCUCUGUAGAGACCAUGGAACAUUCUCUAGACAAUGGAGAUGGGCCCCCCAGCCUCCAGGUGAAACCCUGUACCCCGGAGUUUUAUCGAACACACCACCAUUUGGCCUACAGAUUGCAAUCUCGUCCUCGUGGCCUAGCACUGGUGCUGAGCAAUGUGCACUUUAAUGGGGAGAAAGACUUGGAGUUCCGAUCUGGUGGGGAUGUGGACCAUAGUUCCCUGGUAACCCUCUUCAAGCUCUUGGACUAUGAUGUUCAUGUCCUGCAUGACCAGACUGCACAGGAGAUGCAUGAGAAGCUCCAGGGGUUUGCACAGCUGUCAGCUCACCAGAGCACAGAUUCCUGCAUGGUUGCACUUCUUUCUCAUGGCAUAGACGGUGGCAUCUAUGGUGUAGAUGGCAAGUUGCUCCAGCUCCAAGAGGUUUUUCAGCUCUUCGACAAUGCCAACUGCCCAAACCUGCAGAACAAGCCCAAGAUGUUUUUUAUCCAGGCCUGUCGUGGAGGGAGUAAUCAAGUAUCCAGCCUCUUUGAUGAGACAGAUCGAGGGGUAGACCUUCGAGAUGGGAAAGAGCGUGUGGCCUCUCCGGGGUGUGAGGAAAGUGAUGCUGGCAAAGAAAAGAUAUUGAAAAUGCGACUGCCCACACGCUCUGACAUGAUCUGUGGCUAUGCAUGCCUCAAAGGCACUGCUGCCAUGCGGAACACCAAGCGGGGAUCCUGGUACAUUGAGGCCCUGACACAAGUGUUCUCUGAAAGGGCUCGAGAUAUGCACGUGGCAGACAUGUUGGUUAAGGUUAAUGCACUUAUCAAAGAUCGAGAAGGCUAUGCCCCUGGUACAGAGUUUCAUCGAUGUAAGGAGAUGUCUGAGUACUCCAGUACCCUCUGCCGCCACCUCUACUUAUUUCCAGGACAUCCUCCUACACGAUGAGCACCCAUCCUCUCAUCUAACCCAGAGUGACUACAGGAGGCAUGAUUGAACUGUCCCUCUUCAAAAUGGACCAUUUAUUCCUUCCCCUCAGGGAUAAUGGGACUCUUCCAGGCUUGUUUUAUAUACCUUUUAUUUUCCACUUUGAAGAUGGGGUCUGCAGGCCAGCUCCUCUUGUGUAUGAAACUCUAGAACUAUUUCUUGGCAAUCCCUGGUCAAGGGAGUCUGGCAGGUAGUUCUAGAACACAGUGCUUGUAUGGGGUAAGUGAGCUUCAUCCUGAGUACUAGUGUUGAAUAUUCAAUCAAGCCCCAGCCCUAGCCUCUUGUAGUUAUUGAGUUCACUCCCCAGGAUUAUUGUGAAUAGCACUUUGAUCAUUGUUUUUGUUAUGUGAGUUGAAGCCAUUUUGAUGAUCUUUUCCACUUAUCCUUUCUGUUUUCAAACACAACUUUCCUUGACAUUCAGGGAUAUUUCGAGUGAUGUCUUUACUACUUAAUUCAGUACUUUAAAAAUCUAUGAUUUCUUCAGUAUGAGUAUUCACUCUUUCCACUGUUACAUAAUGAAGCCCCUCCAUGAUUUAGUAAGUGGUAGUCCUGAAUUACCAUGGCCAAAAAAUAAUUGCCUCCAUUCAAUUUGAUCAUGUUUCUUUUGAAACUUAACUAAAUUCCUCUUUGGAUAAUAGACAUGGGAACCAUCACUAGGUCUGUUUUCGAAGCCUUUCCAGUUUAGUGUUGGAUCUCUCUACUAGAGUUUGUACUUCACUAGCUUAGUCUUUGAGAACGCAAUAGAUAUCAUUUAUGAGGGGGUAUUUGGUCUUAGAGGGCCAAGCACAGCUCAAAACGCUGUAUCUACAGUAAUGACCUAUGCAUUCUCCUUUUUAGUACUGUAAGGCCUCCCUGUUAGGAGGGGACUGUCUUCCCCUGUUCCCCUGCUUGGAAUUUACUCCAGCCCAGUGGUGGAGAAGGAUGAAAACUAACCUUAUUAAGGUGACUCUUAUUCCUUCCCCAGGGAGUUUCCCAGAUUUCCUGUAUAGUUACUUUCUCUUGUGUUUUCCUGUUAAAAUGGGUAAUAUAGAGAAAGAAUGGAGAAUGGAUGGGAAUGAUACCUCAGAAUAAUCUAAUUCCUUUUUUUCCUUCAUCUCCUAUCCUGAGUCCCAUUUUUUUCCUUUCAGAUGCUCUACCUUCCUCACUAUUCCUAUUUGCCAACAAGGCUAGGUUUUCUAUGUAUUCUGCCAGGAUUACUAUAAAAACGUCCUGGCUAGUAUCCCUACUUCCAGUCUUUCACCCUCCAUCCAUUCCAUAUGCUACUAUUAGAUACAUUUUCUAAAUUAUUCCCUUGCUAAAGAAACUACAGACUCCUAAAUCUUGACUAGUUUUUAAAUAUCCUCUUAUUACCUAGCCUCACAGGAUAUAUUCCAGCUUUCCUUCCUAUAUUCCCCAAUAGGCACCCCCUAUUCCUUUCAAGCUAGUGUUCUCACUCACUUUCCACAAUGUUUAUUUCUUCUUUGGUGCCUUUGCUCAUAUUGUCAUUCCACCUUUAAUGCCUUCUCUCCUACCCUGUACUUCUACAAAACCUUGCCUAUUCUUUGACUCAGCUCAAUUCCCACCUCAAUGAAGCCUUUUUUGAAUUCCCUUUGUACUUAAUACUACCACAGUUUAGUACUUAACUGUAUUUUGAUUUUUUGAUGUAUGUUAGCUACAGCUGCCCAAAGAAACUGUAAGCUUCUUGAGGGCAGUGACCAUGUGUCAUACUUACAUAGCCCCCAUAGUGUGGGCACAUAGUAAAAACAAAGAUCAUGUAUUAUACUUUUAUCUCCCACAGUGUCCUGCACUAUGCCGGGGCCUAAAGGUGCUCAAUAAAUACUUAAUGAUUGGAGUUGGGGUGGAGGUCCUCCAGAGAGGGUAUUUGUUUUUCCAGCAUCUGGACAUGAGUCUCUCCCCACUUCCCACUGCCAGGGUUUUGUAUUGCUUUCAGGUGCCAAAUAAAUAUUCAUGUUUGUUA